AUGGAGAGCGCAAGCACGGAGCCACCACCGCGCGAUGUCGUCGUACCGCUUGUAUUGGAGUCGCCGAGUCCUCCCCAGCUCAAACGAUCAAGGGUGCUCACCAGCAGCACCGACGCAGCUAGCGAAACUGCAACCAAACUGCGGAUCAAUGUUGACAAACAACGAAAAGGAUUUCUGAGCCCACAUCGACUAUCAGCGACAUUCCGACACAACGCUGAAAUGGCGUUGCGCGUAUCAUUCGCAGUGGUCAUUUCGUCUAUCAUCCAGACGCGGGAUGAAUCGUACGAUCCGUCGCACGCUUACGACAAGAAAUGGCUGUUCUUUCCCGAUUGGUACUACCUCGGUGGACUCAGCUACUGCGCGAUUAUGGUGGUCUUCUCGAUGGCUUUCAACGUCGGAGGCACGAUCCGAGAAGUUUGCCAAGGGUUUUGUGGUGUGGGUGUUGCUCUCCUGUACAAUUACGUGCUGUUCACUUUCAUUGGAGUGGAGCGAUUCGACAGUCACGCUGAGAACCCGUACAAGAACUACUACAAAAUCGACAAGGCGUUCAAUUCCAGCGCGUACUGGAUAAAUGUACCGAACUUGGUCGCGACGUUGCCGUGGAUUGUAGUUUUCACCGUCGCCGUAAUGGUUCUGCCAUUUCACCUAAAUACACGCAAGUAUGCCGUGGGGACAAACGCCUAUUUCACUUUGACGAUCAUCAACCCCGCCAACCCUUUGAGCUCUGGUCAGCUAAAAAGCGUUGACGACGAAUUCUUUGACACUAGCAAUAUUUUACGCAAUUUGCGGACGUUUGCGAUCGUCGGUGUCUUGGGUGCUUUGAUCUCGGUUGUUACGAUGUGCAUCCCCUACCCGAUCUUUGCAAUUUCUCAGCUACGUGAGGACUCAAAGAAAGCAUCCGCGGAUCUCUUGGAGCUGCUAAACAUUAUUGUGGACUCGUACUGCUUCAAGAACAAAAAUGUGGAGAACAUGGAAUUCCUCAAACUUCGCCUUCGACGCAAAUUUGACGACGCCGAAGCCCGUCAUCGCCGGAUGCUGACACUACAGGAUGAUGCCUGGUGGGAGCAGUGUUUCGGGCUGAAUUACAUUCUCGGUUUUAAUCGCGCCAUAAGCCGCAGCUACAUCAAACUGGUCGGCUCCCUGCUCGCCGACCUACGCACCCUGAACUAUGCCAUGUGCCUUGAAGACUACGGGCGUUUACACUCGAUCUACAUGGCAGUUCUAAGACGGGAGAUCUACAUCAUUCAGACGCGAACGAAUGAUCUGCUGAACGAGAUUUCUCGCGAAGUCGACGCUUUGUCGCCCCACCUCGACCUUAAGGCGCUAGGUGCACUGGAAAAUCAGGUUGAAAUGGCGCUGUACAAGCUCCGCAAAGUUCAGAACCGGACGCUACGGAAAGAAGCUGUGACGCCGGCUGAAGUCGCGGGAAACGUGCCCCUCAACUUGUUUUUGUUUUCCCUCAACUCAUUCUGCAGCACGCUCAUCAACUUCCAGCAGUCGCACAACAGCAAAGUCUACACCGACGUCCACCGUGUGCGGUCCUUCUUGAGAACUUCACUCAAGAGAUUCAUCGAUCCAGCGUACUAUAAGAACCCCAUGCUCUGGAUAACCGCACUGAAAAUCACCGUGGCUAUCAUGACAGGCGUCGCCUUCAGCGUGGGCGUCUACGGGUUCAGCGCAUCCGUUCCUUCGUGUAUUGCGUAUAUCAUGGGCGGACACUUGGGCACUUCAUUCCGAACCACAGUGAACCGAGUGGGCGGGGUCGUAGCGGGGAGCGUUGUUCCGUCCGUCUUCAAGUUCUUCUUCGUACAAAUCUGCGAGCCGGAAGUCUUAGGCGUCGUGCUUUCCGACAUCGUCAUGUUCGUCUGGGUGGGGAUGUGUAUGUACGUGUUCUUCGGACGCGGUUAUGGCUCCUACGGCGGCAUGGUGGCUGCGUUCGUUGCUUCGGACACCCUCCUGCGCCAGACCGACAUUUGCUAUUCAAAUGGCUCCGACAGCUCCAACUCCGUGGCUGUCGCGUCAUAUUCCUAUCUCGCACAAACAUCCGUGGCCGUCGUCAUCUUUAUUUCGGCCGAGACGUUCCUCUUCCCGAAGAGUGCAAUCUCUUUGCUACGCCAGAGCAUUUUGGAUACGUUUAAGCUGCAUCAAAAGGCAUUUGAUGCUUUAUUCGGCCAUCACUUGUCUAGCUCAGUUGAGAUGGACGACGCUACUAUGACAGAAAUCCGCAAUAUCUUGCUGGUGCAGAUACCGUUUAAGCUCGAGUCGCAGCGACAAUUACUGGUGGAAGCUCAGGUCGAGCCGCUGCUGUGGCGUCCGCAGUUCUCCGCUGACAAGUACACGCGGGUGCUUGAAUAUUCCCAUCGACUGCUGAAUAACAACUAUUUGCUGUUCAAGUUGCUACGUUGGUUCCACUUCCGAGUGACGCAAAACCGGGUGAAGCUAAACCCUGCAGAUAUUCGCAACGAUGUCCAAGAAGAUGAAAAUGACAGUGUCGACUGUCACGCGCAGUGGAAGCUCUCAAGUAGCCACUUCCAGUCGUUAGUGCGCGACAACUUUGAAACCAUGGAGAUGAUCUUCAGCGACACAUUCCGGUACUCGGAUCCGGAUCAAACCGCUGUGUUCAUGCAAAUGAAGGAGGCAUUUCGUCUGGCAGAUAAAGACUGCAGUGGUGAGCUCAACGCGGACGAUGUCGCCAUCAUGCUGGGAACGAUAUUCGCCCAGUCGGGCGCAGUGAAGGAGGGGCAGAUCAAAGCCUACGUUCAGGAGUUUAUGAGGGUGGUGGGGGAACCUGGUAGGACGACGGUAUCAUUCGAGGACUUCAUGGACGCUAUCGAGCACGGGCUAAAGCUGGAGGUGGAAGUCUACCGACGGGUGAAGCCACGUGCACCUGCACUUUCAUCGGACAACUUACCUGAGGAAAUCAAGAAAAUUGCGAUGAAUGAAGACUCAGCCGCCUGUAGCCAAGAAGCCAGAGGGAACACGAAGGAAGAAUCGAGACCCGCUUCAAUCACCGAAAGUGUUGCUCCAAUUGUUGGAGUCGCUCGAGAACAGGACACACAUACAACCAGCUUUUUCCCGUCUGAGAACGCGUCGGUGUUCAUUCGACGUGAGUAUGAUGUUCUCAAUGUGGAGGACUUCUCCAUUUCCGACGUCGUGGCACACAUGAAAGCUGCAUACGUGGAGUGGCUCCUUGCGGAUAAGUGCUUCGAGCGUAUUUCUAUGGAGGAACAAUUGCUGCUGAACUGUCUGGUAAGUGGAGCUGAGAGUAUUGCGAAGAACUUGUCAGGCUUAGAGGAGAUUGCGAUGUCAUCAUCCUAA